AUGUCUCCGUCUUUCUCUUUUGCCCGGUGCACCCUUCUUCUCAUUAUCUUUCUUCCGUUCGUUCUCUCUCAGAACUUCACGGUCCCUUCUGCUUGGCAGGAUACGACUUCGAACUUAACUCGCGCAGAGCGCGAAACGAUCGCCAUAGGGGCCGCUCAGGAGCUUCAGUCCAGGAUCGAUCAAACACUCGGGACGGUGUCCAAAGACAUCCCGGACUCUACGACUGCCAACAUCGCACUCGUUCUAUCCUCUCAGGACCAGAUUCGGGGUAACGCUACCUGGAAGAGCCAGGUCGUCGAUAACACGCUGCACAUAUACGAGACGGGACCGCCGUAUCCUCAGAGGCCUGAUGAAUGGGUCGUCGACAUCUCCUACUUCGGCCUGGCUGAACUGAGCGCGUACCUCGCCUACAACGAUACCUCCCAUCUCGAAGUAGCGAAGGCCAACUGGGACUUGGCAUAUAGUGCCUUCAUCACUCCAUCUGCCGCUGAAAGCGGCAACUUUCCUCGAGCGUUCAAUACGACAUCAAGUUGUCAACCAACACUGGCCGGGCUAGUGUUCGAUAACCGAUUGAACGCUACGAACCUCGCGGUCUCAAGCCAUAUCAUAUCGCCGUGGUUUGCGCUCACAUCCCGAUUAGCCGAGCUAACCGGCAACACGACGUAUCUGACCACCGCAGAGCUCACAGUCCAGUUCAUGCAAACGUACAUGCUUGACCCUACUCACGCGAGCGCUCUCGUCGUCGAAACGCUGGACGUCACCACAUGCACACCCUCCACUAAUAACCCUGUCACAUGGGACCUCGGUCCAUUCAUCGAGGGUCUUAGUAUCCUGGCUAACAUCACUCAUGAUGAGACGUACUCACAGCUGUUGUACGAGUUGAUACCCAGCGCUGUCGUCACUCCGGCGUGGCACAAUGCACAGGGGAUCAUCACAGAAGAUGUACCGGACUACAGAAAGGGGACUAUGAUACACGGCCUGCUAGAGGCAAGAGCGCGAAACCCCUCAAACAUCGCCAUGAAGAACCUUAUUGACAGCUACAUCACAAUGCAGUUCAACGCAAUCCAAGCCAAUGCGCGAAUAGGAAGUAGUGACGACUAUAGAAUCUCUUGGGUUGGCGGCGGAUGGUCGGACUUCACUACAGCGGGGAAUCUGGAGACGCUCUCAGUACUGAACGCUGCAUUGGAUAUAGCUCCGAGUGACAGUCCUUCGACUUCUGCGGCUCCAGCCGAGAGACCGCCAAACCGCGCAGUGCCCGUCGCAGUCAUCGUCGGCGCCGUGGUGGGUAGCAUCGUCGGGCUUGCUACGCUUCUCCUUGCCGCGACUGUCUUCUAUCGUCGUCGCAAACGCGCGCACGCGUCACAGAUACACGAGGAGAAGGUUGUGCCUUCGAUUGCUACCAGGUCAAGGGUCGAACCGGUCCCCUUCACGCUCACCGCACCAUUCGAUUCAACGCGCCCGCCGAAAUUGAAGAUGGGCGUAUCAUACUCUCGGCGCUCGGGAUACUUCAGUGACUCAGAUAUGGACAGUUUAGCUGACAUAGACAUCCGGGGAGAGCGCCCUCUGGACAUGACGGGCUCGAGCAACGCUGAACCCACUACGCAAGGAUCGGCUGUGGUCGGCCUCACGAGAAGGUUGGAUGCUCUGAUCGAGGUACUGGCGCUUCGCGGAGAGGUAGAGGGAGCACCUCCGCAAUACGAAGAAGGGGUAAUAGGCCGUGCAGUCGUCUGA